AUGGCAGAUCAUGCUGUCGCGAGCCCUUCCCCCCAGCCCGACUACACUCGGAACCGGCUGCCGACACUCUUUGAAGUGCUCAGUCGGCGGACACUCCCUCCUGUUGAUCUGUUCUCCUUCUACAUUUACAUGAGGGAUCAGCAGCGUUCAGUCGACUAUCUCGAUUUUUGGCUCGAUGUUGCACAACACAUGUCGCUCUGCCGCCACUAUGUGCGAGAGCUUCGUCGGUCUGUGCUCGUGAGCACACCCGAUCCAGAAAGGGCCUCUAAGAGAUCGUCGGGUAUUCUAGAAGGUCUCGGAGACCUAAGCCAUGCAGUUGCGGGACCAUCGAUGUACGCGACAGAGAAGGAGAAGGACCAAGAUGCCCAGAUGUCGGCUUUCCUUCGGGAAGACAGGGACCAUCAUGAUUCUCCAGUCAGCAGCGAUGCCAGGCAGAACCGCCCGAGCACGAAUAUUAGCACUCCCAGGGAGUUCAACACCGACUCGAACUCUCCCCCCCACGCAGUUGCCCGACAGGACGUUAGGGCUUCUGCUGAGAAGAUUCUCUACACCUUUCUUCUCCCGGGUGCCGAACGCGAAAUCACCCUACCAGGUUCAAUUACUCAGGAUGUCACCCCAGCUAUCGAGGAACUCGGCAGAGAUGACCCAGAGGUGUUUGACGUGGCUAAGGACUAUGUCUUCCAGGCGAUGGAGCGGGAUGCUUUCCCUGGUUCAUGGCUAACUUUCACCCAGCUCAUCUUGCCUUUCACAAUUGGUGUCUACUGCCUUGCUUCCUACCAAUAUUCCCUCGACCCGGUUCUUGCCCUUGUUGGCUUCAGCGAGUACACCCCUUUCAACUUUGCCCGGGUGCGAGAGCCUUACGUCCGAAAACUCCUUGCACGGCGGGCGAUCAUGGUCCUUGCCGUGACGGUCCUCAUCGAUGCGGCGCUCUGUGUACUCUUUAUCCUGGUUCCAGGCAAGCGGCUUUGA